CUGACGGUGUUCCUGCAGGUCAGCUGAGGGGCGUCCAUCAUGGCAGCAGCGUCCUAUGACCAGCUGCUGAGGCAGGUGGAGGUGUUGAAGAUGGAGAACUGUAACCUACGACAGGAGCUGCAGGACAACUCCAACCACCUGACCAAGCUGGAGACUGAAGCGUCCAACAUGAAGGAAGUGCUGAAGCAGUUGCAGGGCACCAUAGAGGAAGAGUCUGGAGAGGCAUCUGGAUCUCAGCUGGAGCUCAUCGAGAGACUGAAGGAGAUGAGCCUGGACUCUGCGGGUUCGAAGCCCAGGUCAAGGCCUCCUCUGCCCACGUCCUCCUCCUCCAGUUCGGCCUCCUCUGGAUCUGGAUCUGGAUCUGGAUCUGGAUCUGGAUCUGGUGCUCCUGCAGGAGCAGCGGGAGGCCACCUGACCCCUAUUGCCAUCCCCAGGAGAGGGCUGCCGUCUGCAGGCAGAGACAGCCAUGACCGCUGCCUGGAGGAGCUUGAGAAGGAGAGGUCUCUCCUAUUGGCUGAGCUUGAGAAGGAGGAGAAGGAGAAGGAUUGGUACUAUGCUCAGCUGCAGAAUCUUACCAAGAGGAUCGACAGCCUGCCGCUCACUGAGAAUUUCACUCUGCAGACGGACAUGAGUCGGCGUCAGCUUGAGUUUGAAGCUCGGCAGAUCCGCUCAGCCAUGGAAGAGCAGCUGGGCUCCUGUCAGGAGAUGGAGAGGAGGGCUCAGGCCCGUGUGUCUCGUAUUCAACAGAUAGAGAAGGAUAUCUUAAAGCUUGGAGCCCGUCUUCAGGUGGAGGAAGUUCCAGAAGUGAGUGACAGCUCUGGAUCAGCUGGAGCUCAGAGCUCCAGCAGCAGAUUGGACCACGAGCCAGCCAGUGAGGCGAGCUAUUCUGUGCCUCGACGAAUCACCAGCCACCUGGGAACCAAGGUGGAGAUGGUGUACAGCCUUCUGUCCAUGUUGGGGACUCAUGAUAAAGAUGACAUGUCACGGACUCUGCUGGCCAUGUCUAGCUCUCAGGACUCCUGCAUAGCCAUGCGUCAGUCCGGCUGUCUGCCUCUGCUCAUCCAGCUGCUGCAUGGCAACGACAAGGACUCUUUGUUGCUAGCUGACUUGAUAUUAUUUUGCAAAGGUAACUCACGAGGUAGUAAAGAGGCGCGCGCUCGGGCAUCAGCAGCAUUGCACAACAUCGUUCACAGCCAACCAGACGACAAGCGAGGGCGGAGAGAGAUCAGGGUGCUCCACCUGCUGGAACAGGUGCGUCAUUACUGUGAGGCGUGCUGGAGCUGGCAAGAGAACCAUGAGAGGGGCGUGGACCAGGAAGACAACCCUAUGCCGUCUCCAGUGGAACAUCAGAUCUGCCCCGCUGUCUGCGUCCUGAUGAAGCUUUCAUUCGACGAAGAGCACCGCCACGCCAUGAACGAGCUGGGUGGUCUACAGGCGGUGGCGGAGCUGCUGCAGGUGGACUGUGAGAUGUUCGGUCUCAGUAGCGAUCAUUACAGCGUGACGCUGAGACGGUAUGCCGGCAUGGCGCUCACCAACCUGACCUUUGGAGACGUAGCCAAUAAGGCCACGCUGUGCUCCAUGAAGGGCUGCAUGAGAGCGAUGGUGGCCCAGCUGAAGUCUGACAGUGAAGACCUGCAGCAGGUCAUAGCGAGCGUGCUCAGGAACUUGUCGUGGCGUGCAGACGUCAACAGUAAGAAGACUCUGCGGGAGGUGGGCAGCGUGCGAGCGCUGAUGGGCUGCGCCCUGGAGGUCCAGAAGGAGUCCACUCUGAAGUCCGUCCUGAGCGCCCUCUGGAACCUGUCAGCUCAUUGCACUGAAAACAAGGCGGACAUCUGCGCUGUAGACGGAGCGCUCGCCUUCCUGGUAGGAACCCUGACGCAUCGCAGCCACACGAACACGCUCGCCAUCAUCGAGAGCGGGGGCGGAAUCCUGCGUAAUGUGUCCAGCCUCAUCGCCACCAACGAGGCGCACAGGCAGAUCCUGCGUGAGCACGGCUGCCUGCCGACUCUGCUGCAGCACCUGAAGUCUCACAGUUUGACCAUCGUGUCCAACGCCUGCGGGACGCUCUGGAAUCUGUCCGCCAGAGAUGCUAAAGACCAAGAGGCUUUAUGGGAGCUGGGCGCCGUGGGCAUGCUGCGUAACCUCAUUCACUCUCGACACAAGAUGAUUGCGAUGGGAAGCGCCGCCGCCCUCCGUAACCUGAUGGCCAACCGGCCGGCCCGCUACAAGGACGCCAGCGUGUUGUCCCCCGGGGCCGGCGCCCCCUCGCUGCACGCUCGCAAACAGAAGGCUUUGUUUGAGGAGCUGGACGCUCAGCAGCUGUCAGAGACUUUUGAUAACAUAGACAAUCUGAGCCCCAAGGCCGCACACAGGAAGGGGCGGGGCUGUAACAGCGCCGGAGGAGCAGGGAGCACAACACGCUCGUAUGCAAACACGCCGGUGCUUUCCAGCCCGAAGAACGGAGAUGGAUCAAAAAGGACGAGUGACGAUGCGACGUACAUCCGGCCCGUAUUCCCGCCCAGCGUUCGAGCGUCCAGCGACAGCCUCAACAGCGUGACGAGCGCCGACGGCUACGGAAACCGUGGCAAGACGAAACCAUCAUCGGAUCCAUUCUUGCCGGAGGAAAGCGGAACCAACAAGUGCUGCGUCUACAGGAAGUACCCAGCUGACCUGGCCCACAAGAUACGCAGCGCCAACCACAUGGCGGAUGAUGACGGGGCGGAGCUUGACACGCCCAUCAACUACAGCCUUAAGUACUCUGACGAACAGUUGAACUCUGGGAGACAGAGUCCCAGUCACCGCAGCGCCAUCGAGAGCGACGAGGAUGACCAACAGGAUGCCCGGCUGAGGAGGAGGAACGAUGGCGGUGACUCUGCAACGAGUGGCCACAUGGCGCCCAUUCCGCCAUGCUACGUCGCGUCCACGGCGACUUCAAACUAUGGCGCCGACUCGACCGGAGAACAGCCUAUUGACUACAGCCUGAAGUACGGCGCAGACGCCCCCCGCAAACCGCUGUUCAAGCCUGAAAACGCCGCUGCCUCAUCAGUGCCCUCGCCCCAGCCUUCCUCUUCCAACAAGCUCCGCCCCCCUCCACCUCCAACCAAUCGUUCAGCAUCAAAAAGCAACCAGGAGUCCACACAGACGUACUGCGUCGAGGACACACCCAUCUGCUUCUCCAGAGGCAGCUCGCUGUCCUCGCUGUCUUCAGAGGAGGAGGAAGAAGACGGUGACGUCAUCGGGAGGAAGAGGAGAGGUGGGAGCGUCAUCAGUGGCGGCGGCAGAAGUAACGACUACCCGACACUUCCUGUCAGCGAGAAAGACGCUCAUGAGCAACAGCAGAGGCAGCAGAAAGAGGCAGAGAGCCAAACGGCUGCUGCUGCGGCGGCUCCCUCCACACGUGGGAGGCGGGGUCAUCAUCAUCAUCAUGGCCACCACCACCACCACCACCACCACGUGACAUCCUCGGGCGCCAGGACGCCGAAGAGUCCUCCAGAGCUGCCGUACGCUCAGGAAACGCCGCUGAUGUUUAGCCGCUGCACAUCUGUUAGCUCCCUCGACAGCUUCUCCACCUCUUCCAUCGCCAGCUCCGUGCGCUCCAGCGAGCCGUGCAGCGGGGUGCCGAGUGGCGUUGUCAGCCCCAGUGAUCUUCCUGACAGCCCGGGACAGACCAUGCCGCCAAGCCGUGCCAAGACGCCGCCGUUACCGCCAGAGAUUCAGACAACAAAGGAGGACAAAGUCAAAAAGAAGCAGCAGGAGGAGAGCAGCCCUGAUGUUCUGCUGCAUUUCGCCACGGAGAGCACCCCACACGGCUUCUCCCGAGCCUCCAGUCUGAGCGCGCUCAGUCUGGACGAGCCAUACAUCACAGCAGAGAUGAAGAAGAAGAAAGAGGAGCAGGAGGGAGGUAACGAGGAGAGGAGGGACGAGGUGGCACAACCCAUUCUUGACGAAUCAGACGACGAUGACGACAUUGAGAUCCUUGAGGCGUGCAUCAACAUGGCCAUGCCCAAAUCGUCACGGAAACCAAAGAAACAGCAACAAGCAGCGCCAAGGAAACCCAGCCAGCUUCCUGUUUAUAAGCUCCUCCCACCUCAAAGUCGUGCCCAGUCCCAGCAGAGGAAGGAACCACCGCCACCGCCACCGGAGGAGGUGCCGAGAGUGUACUGUGUGGAAGGAACUCCACUCAACUUCUCCACUGCAACUUCCCUCAGUGACCUCACCAUAGACUCCCCACCCAAUGAGAUGGUGGCAGCAGCCAGCAUACCUGUAGCCCCGCCCACCUCUGCCCAGAGGAGGCAGGCAGGACUUCCUGAGGGUGAGAACGGUGAUGACAUCCUCGCAGAGUGCAUUAGUGCCGCCAUGCCUAAAGCCAAACCCAGGAAACCAAUCAGAACUACACCCAACAUUGACCCACUCCAAGCUCCACCCCUUCCCCCACCUCUUCCCCCUUUGGCCCCGCCUCCUCAGCAACAGAAGAAGAAGCCAACGUCACCCGUGAAGCCGAUGCCUCAGCGGUCCGGUUAUAAUGUCGCCUCAGCUGCGGUCGCUAAAGCAAAGCCGGGGUUCGCCUUCGACUCUCCACGACACUACACGCCCAUCGAGGGAACGCCAUGCUGCUUCUCUCGAAACGACUCGCUCUCUUCACUCGACUUUGAUGAAGAAGACGGUGUUGAGAAGGAUGAAGAGGAAAAGAAAACGAAAGAAGAAGAGGGUCGGAAGAGGAAACAGCAGACAGCGGCCGUGUUCCCUCGGACGAAACCUGCGACGAACGGCACGGCGUCUGACGAGCAGCAGAAGUUCUCCAUCGAAGACACGCCGGUCUGCUUCUCCAGGAACUCGUCUCUGAGCUCGCUGAGCGACAUCGACCAGGAGAACAAUAAUAAGGAGUUCGCUCCUCCGCAACCUCUGCCGCCACCGCCGCCGCCUGAAAGACAGGAUGGAGGCAAAGCAACAACCGCGCCCCCACCCUCACAGGCAGAUCUGAAGCCCCGCCCCACUACUGCCAGCGGCUACGCCCCCAAAGCCUUCCAUGUGGAAGACACGCCCGUCUGCUUCUCCAGAAACUCCUCCCUCAGCUCGCUGAGCAUCGACUCCGAGGACGACCUCCUGCAGGAGUGCAUCAGCUCCGCCAUGCCGAAGAAGAAGAAGAAAGUAUCUGCAGCUGCUCCGCCCGGGCCCGCCGCUCCGCCUCCUGAACCUAGACCAGAAGAGGAGGAGCCAUCUGAGGCACCAAGAAGCCCCGCCUCCCCUGACUCCGAGUCUUUUGAUUGGAAGGCAAUCCAGGAAGGCGCCAACUCCAUCGUCAGUAGCUUAAACGCUGCCGCCGCCGCCGCCACCUCACUUUCCCGCCAGCCGUCAUCAGACUCUGACUCCGUGCUGUCUCUGAAGUCUGUGGGCUCGCCGUUUCGCCUGCCAGCCGUCACCAAGAAUGCAGAAGAGGAAGAGGGGGAGGGGAAGGAGGUGAAGCGUGGAGCCAGGGUCCUGAAGGGUGGAGAACGCACCACAUUGGAUGCAAGGAAGAAGAAGGAAGAGGAGGAGGAAGAGGAGGAGUCCAAGGCAGUGAAAGGUGGAAAGAAGGUGUACAGGAGUCUGAUCACAGGGAAACCCAGGGCGGAGACAGCAGCAAGGGGGCGGAGCAAACCCAGAGCGGCGGCUUUGGCCAAGGCUCCAGGUAACAGUGAUGGUGCUGACAGAGGGGGCGGGUCCUCUCGGGACUCUACCCCUUCUCGCUCUUCCACAGCAGCCAAUCAGAAAGGCAGUAAGCUGUCACAGCUGCCGCGCACCGCGUCCCCAGGCAGCGCGUCAUCGUCCUCGUCCGCCUCCAGAACAGCCAAACAGAGCGGAGCGGGGAGGAGUGCUGGCAUCCCCCGGAGCGAGUCCGCUUCUCGAGUAAGUGGCUCCUCAGCCGCCAAGAAGCAGAAGGCGGAGCCAGAGAAGCCGGCUCUCGUCCGUCAGUCCACUUUUAUCAAAGAAGCGCCGAGCCCCACGCUGAAGAGGAAACUGGAGGAGUCUGCAGCGGCGGCAGCGGUAACGGCGCCCUUAGAGUCGCCAUCCAGCCCAGAGUCACUACUACCACCAACAACCAGGAGACACGACGUCAACCGCUCCCACUCUGAGAGCCCGUCACGUCCACAGGAAGUGACAUCAUCACGAUUUAGCCGCACAGGCACCUGGAAACGAGAAAAUGGCAGCGGGGGCGGAGGAGGAAGCGGCGGCAAACAUUCAACAUCUCUGCCACGAGUGGGGACGUGGAAGAGGACCGGGAGCUCCUCCUCUGUUCUGUCGGCGUCCUCAGAGUCCAGCGAGAAGGGGCGGAGCGAGGAGGACUGUGCCGGAAGGUCGAAGGGAACCUGGAGGAAGACUAAGAGCGGCAGCAGCGAUGCUUCAGGGGGGCGGGGCUUCCCUGACAAAUCCGAAGAUGUUUGGGUGCGUCUCGAGGAUUGCCCCGUCAACAACCCACGCUCUGCGUCUUCCUGUUCGGCCCGCUCGCCCACCACUGCUAACGCCCCGCCUGUCAUCGACAACCCCGCCCCCUCUAAGAUCCCCCCCUCCUCCUCCUCCUCUUCCUCCUCCUCCUCCAACCUCAACCUGCGCCGGAGCUGCGAGAGCCUGGAAGACAAGCAUCCUCCUGAGCGCCAUCAACCCCAGAAUCAGCAACAACCCCCCGCCCAGCAGCAGCAGCGCGCUCAGCAGCGCAGCGGGGCCGUGGCGGCUCGGGUCAGCCCCUUCAACUACACGCCGAGCCCGAGGAAGAGCAGUGCUGAUGUCACCACACCAGCCACACCCACCCCGACCACCACAUCAUCCUCCACCACGCCCACUCGGCCGUCACUCAUCCCGACACCCAUCACUAAGAAACGGGAGCCGAAGGGCGGGGAAGGAGGCGGCAGCAGUGGUAGUGGCGGCGGGGGCAGCAGUGAGCGUGGCUCGUACAUUGUGACAUCAGUAUGAAGACAGGAAGUGGAAUUAUUUAUCACCACAGCUGGGACAGUUAGAACUCGGAGGACCUGUAAAUAUGGCGGUCAGAAAAUGUUUGUUUGUGAAUGGACAGGAAGUGAGUCUGUAUUUAAAUGAUAGCCCCGCCCCCUUCCCUUCCCUCAUUGGCUCCUCCCACCUGACCGUUAAGCUUCUUAAUCGCUGAGAGAAACUUUAAAAAUUAACUUUUUAUGUUUUUAUACCACUAAAAUGAUGUGUAGCGCUUAGCUCCGCCCCUCUCUGCCUGUGUCCCUGCAUGGUCCCGCCCCUACCUUAAUAAUGACAGUUACCAUGGUGACCUAAUGAUGUUUCUUCUAGCUGUAGUGUCUGUUGAAAGAUUUCAGGUGUGGCUGUCAGCAGACGGAGGAACGUUUUUAUUUCAGACGGAACUUUGAGAAGCGUUUCAGUCCCGCUCUGUGUCGCCUUGGCAACAAGUAACACUGUAAACCUAAGUUAUUGCUGUACAACCUUAAAACCUUCUAACUUCGAAGCACAUUAUUUAAAACUUAAAUCAUUUUUGCCAAAAAUGUUUGACAGUGUUCCUCGUGGCUGAAACUUUCACUGUUUUUAUGUGGAGGAAAAGUUUGAGAUGUGAAACAGAAGAUGAACAAUAAAGGUCAACGUUUGAGUCGCACUUUC